AUGGCGAGGACCAGUCGCCGGCGAGAGGCUGCCAAAUUGAUGGCCAAACCAUCGGUCAAGGCCAAAUCCUCCCUCGACAAGCUGAAAGCUAAUGAACGUGAUAGGAUCAGCAAGUUGCCCAAUGACAUACUGGUCAACAUUCUAGACCGUCUCAAUUUCCGUGACGUCACAAGAACCAGUGUCCUCUCCAGACUUUGGAGUCAGCUUCCUGCCAAUCUCUCACGGCUUAAAAUAAGUGCUCGCGAUUUUCUGUCCCCACAAGCUAGCAUACCUGAUGACGAAUUGGAUGAAAAAUUGCUUCAGAUCAAUGCAUUGCUUAGGAUCAAUGCAGUCAAUGCAGCCAAUGCAGCUGUGGUCAAAGCGACAAAGAGCACGCUGGCACACAGAGACCCAGGUGGAUGCACCAUCCGCCUCUUGAGCACGACGUUCUACUUGAGGGGUGAUACCCCAAUAUCUGUUGGGCAUACUGUUGGCAAUGCCAUGGCGACACUCAAGGUCGAGAAAGCCGAAUUCACAGUUUUGACACAGCAGAAAGGACGCGGGUGUAGUAUUGAUGAGAUGGUGAAGUUUGGGACACGGUUUGUGUCAUUUUUUAAUGAAUGCCACAAUGCAUUUGCUGGUCUCACACGCCUCUACCUGGAGAAUUUGAGACUCCGUGAAUCCAACUUUGUCUCUAACAUCCUUGUCACUUGCAAGCAAUUAAAUUAUUUAGGUUUUUUCAAUUGUGACACAGAGGAUUGGAUAACGCUCCAAGUUGAACACGCACAGCUCAGUGAGCUCAGUAUUGUUGAUUGCCGUUUUAGCACGGUCGAACUCACCUGGGUUCCGAAACUCACCUGGCUGGCGUUUUUGUUUUGGUUAUAUCAUGCAGAACUACCACUGUCACUGGGCUAUGUCCCAUUGCUCGGGGUUCUGAGACUUUCAAAUGCUGCUCGUAGUUUCCACGAAAACGUCAAGUUGAGUACGUUUCUCCAUGAGACCUCUGUUCAAGACCUGACAUUGGGGUUUAAAUGUGAAAAGAUUUGGGUUCAACCAGAGUGUUUGACCAGAAGGCAGGCAUAUGUGUUCCAGCAACUAAGGAUUCUCAAUCUAGUUAAAAUUCCUGAAGGGUAUGAUCUCACCUGGACAAUGUUCUUCUUGGAAGCGGCGCCGUCCCUGGAGGAGCUCUACAUGAUGGUAUGGGACCAUCCAUGUGAAAUGGAAAUGAAUCAGGAGAUUAGCGAGAACAAGGGCGUUGAGUGGGAAUCGCCUACAUCAAAUUUCAAGCACCACUGUCUGGCCAAGUUCAUCCUCGUCGGCUUUCAAGCUAAAGACUACAUGGUGACUCAUGUCAGGCGUGUCCUGAAAGCAGCGGUGAAUCUACAGGAUGUGUACCUGUAUGAUAGACGGGCAUGUGCCAAGUGUCUCAAGAAAGUAGAGAAUGCACUCAAGUCUGAUGCAGUGGUACGUGGUAUGUGCCCGGGCGUGAAUCUGCCGAUAAAGUUCCCAUAUACAAAUGAGGACCAGCGUUCAGUGCAGAAGCGAAUGCCCCGGGGCAUUGGGUCACUUGCCAAAAUCCACUUCAUGGCAUCUAAGGAAAUGAGGGCUGAACAUGGUCCAAGGAUGGGUGCCAUGGGAGGUAACUGGAUGUUGUCGAGGCUAGGACAGCGUAUUUGA